UACCAAGACCCUAAAUUAAGUAACCAUUCAAAAUAAAUACAAAAACACACACUACCACCAUCAACUCUUCAUCACAUCACAAACACCAACUCUAGCAAAUCAAACCAAAAAAAUUCACAAUCCAAAAAAAAAGAAAAUGAGAACAAGCAACCACUUAAUCGGUGUACUAAACUUCCUAACCUUCCUUCUCUCAAUCCCAAUCCUAGGCGGUGGAAUAUGGCUAAGCAGCCGAGCAAACAACACCGACUGUCUCAAAUUCCUCCAAUGGCCACUAAUCAUAAUCGGCAUAAGCAUCAUGGUUGUUUCACUAGCCGGUUUCGCCGGCGCGUGUUACAGAAACACCUUUCUCCUACGGCUCUACCUCGUCGUCAUGUUUUGCGUCAUCGCUGUUCUUAUAGGCUUCAUCAUCUUUGCCUAUGUUGUAACCGAUAAAGGCUCCGGAAGAGGCCUUUCGAAUAAAGGCUAUUUGGAUUAUUACCUGGAAGAUUAUUCUGGGUGGUUAGAGGAACGUGUUGCCAGGGAUGGUUACUGGGGGAAGAUUAGUUCUUGUAUAAGGGAUUCUAAAGUUUGUCGUAAAUUAGCCAGGAAUUUUAACGGUCAGCCGGAAACUGCUGAUAUGUUCUUCCAGAGAAAACUUUCUUCUGUUCAGUCUGGUUGCUGCAAACCUCCAACAGAUUGUGGCUUCAUGUAUCAAAAUGAAACAGUGUGGAUGCCAGGAGUAGGACUAAUAGCAAACAACCCUGACUGCACUAAAUGGAACAAUGACCAACAAGAGCUUUGUUAUAGCUGUGAUUCUUGCAAAGCUGGUGUACUUGCUAGUCUCAAGAAAAGUUGGAGGAAAGUAUCAGUGAUCAACAUCAUUGUUAUGAUCAUCCUUGUAAUUGUUUACAUAGUUGCUUACUAUGCUUAUAGAAACAACCGCAGGAUGGAUAAUGAUGAGUCUUAUGGUGAAGCAAGGAUGACAAAAUCACAACCAAGUGCUUUUCAUCUUUGAUUAAUUAACUCUCUACUAUGUGGCUUUUGGACAUCUAUCUUAGGGUUUUGAGGAUUGGAUUUGUUUUGUAUCAAUUGUCAAUCCCUUUAGUAUUAUGUAUGUAUGAAUGACUUUGGCUUUAAUCUUGCAAGUUGAAAUGUUUGAUGUAUUUAUUAUAUUUGUUUGCUGUUUA